CGAGUCUGGGCUCGGGCGGCGGCCAUGGAGCGGCGGGCCGUGAUCUUCGACCUCGGUGUUGUGCUGAAACCGGGCCUGCAGCACUUCCUGAGCGCCUGCGAGCGCGACUGGGCCCUGCCCAGGGGUUUCCUGGCGGCCGCUCUGGAUUCCGGGGGGCCCCAGAGCCCCCGAUGGCGAGCGCUGCGCGGACACAUCGGCCUCACACAGCUGGUGGAGGAGCUGGAGGCGCGGUGCCGUUCCCGGCUGCUCUCCGAGGGCGCGGCCGUUCCCGAGGGUUUCUCGGCGUGGCGGCCGUUCCGGGAGCUGCGCGAGCGCGGCCGCCUCGACCCCGCCGUGCUCCGGGCGGCCGCCGAGCUCCGCGAGCGCGGGUUCCGUCCGUGCGUCCUGGCCAACUCGUGGCUGGACGACUCCGGGGGCCGCGGGGCGUGGGCGGCGCUGCAGGAGCGGCUCCGGCGCCGCUUCCGCCCCGUGCUGGAGUCGUGCCGCGUCGGCGCCGCCAAACCCGAGCCCGGCGCCUUCCGACGCGCCCUCGCCGAGCUGGGCGCGACGCCCGAGCAGGGUGACGUGGUCGUGGUGGACGGGCAGGAGCAGAGCGUGUUGGCGGCGCGGGCGCUGGGCAUGGCGGCCGUGCUGGCGCGGGACACCGAGAGCGCCCUGAGGGACCUGCAGGAGAUCACCGGGCUCCAGUUGCUGUUUGGAGCGGACGCGGAGGCGCCGCCGGAGCCGAUCGCUCCCGAGGAGCUGGGACACGGAUACGUCCCGAUACGGCCGGGCGUGCAGCUGCACUUUGUGGAGCUGGGCCGGGGCCCGGCGCUCUGCCUGUGCCACGGCUUCCCCGAGUCCUGGCUCUCCUGGCGCUUCCAGAUGGAGCCGCUGGCCCGGGCCGGGUUCCGCGUGAUCGCCCUGGAGAUGAAGGGGUACGGGGACAGCAGCGCCCCCAGCGACAUCUCGGAAUAUUCCCAGGAGCAGAUCUGCAAGGAUUUCAUCACUUUCCUGGAUAAACUGGGAAUCCCGCAGGUGAUCCUGGUUGGCCACGACUGGGGCGGGGCCAUGGCCUGGAACGUGGCUCUGUUCUACCCCGAGCGCGUGCGGGCGGUGGCCGUUCUGAACACGCCGUUCCGGCCGCCCGACCCCAACUCCGACGUCCUGGAGAAGCUGCGUCAGAUCCCGGAGUUCGAUUACCAGCUCUACUUCCAGGAGCCGGGCGUGGCGGAGGCGGAGCUGGAGAAGGACAUCGGGAGGACCCUGAAGAUCCUGAUCCGAUCGGCCGCGCCCGAGGAUCGGCUGCCCGUGAGCCUGGACACGCGCAGCGUCCGCCAGAGAGGGGGUCUCCUGGUGGGGCUCCCCGAGGAUCCCCCCGAGAGCCGCCUGCCCCCGGCCGUGCUGCGGCACUACGUCCGGCAGUUCCAGAAAUCCGGAUUCAG